AUGCUAAGGGACUUCACAGUGGCCGUUUUACGAGAACGCCCAGCUGAUAUAUACGACUACGCUAUUGAUUAUUUUACGCGUGUCCGUGAGAAUCGUAAACCGAAAACGGUCCCAAUGUACAUUAUGGUUGACGAAGGGGAGGCCGGAGAACCCGAGCCGUCCACCUUGAAGCCCAAAACGAACUUCUCGAACAGGGCAGCCCGGCGCCACUCGGUAUCGGCCGAGAGGUAUGACCCCGAGGCCGAUGAUGACGACGAAAAAGUGGUACACCCCAAAACGGACGAGCAGCGUCGGAGGCUGACCGAGGCCGUUUGUGGCAUUCUCAUCUUUCGAUGUCUUGACUCAGAUCAGAUGCAAGAAGUGCUGGACGCCAUGUUCGAGAAGAAAGUGAGCCCCGGUGAAGAAGUCAUUACGCAGGGCGACGAUGGCGAUAAUUUCUACGUGAUCGACAGCGGCGUCUAUGAUGUAACUGUCGAAACAAACGGGCAAAGCCGAAAGGUGCACCAGUUCGUCAACACAGGAAGUUUCGGUGAAUUAGCGUUACUCUACAACAUGCCACGUUCCGCUACAGUGACAGCCGUCUCGGAGGGGGGGACACUAUGGGCAAUGGACCGAAACUCCUUUCGGCGAAUCGUGCUGAAAAGUGCCUUCAAGAAACGAAAGAUGUACGAGGACUUUUUAGAGAACGUGCCGAUUCUGAAGUCGCUUGACCAGUACGAGCGAAUGAGCCUAGCUGAUGCUCUCGUCUCGCAAACCCACGCUGACAAGACCCAAAUAAUUAAACAAGGCGACGCCGCACACGGUAUGUACUUUGUGGAGCGGGGUGAAAUUAAAGUCACCAUCUCCAACCCCGAUGAUCCCGAAGCUGAAGAGGAAGAAGUCGGUCGGUUGUCGAAAGGUACUUAUUUCGGCGAGCUGGCUCUGAUCGAAAACAAACCCCGCUCGGCGAAUGUAUAUGCCUUGGGUGACGUUCAGGUCGCCUUUUUGCAGAGAGACUCAUUUGAACGUUUGUUGGGCUCUUGUUUGGACAUAAUGAAAAGAAAUAGUGAAUUGUAUAAACAAUACACAGAACAAACGAAAUGA